AGCAAACCGAGAUGUCCUGGCUGGACUGGACUUUAAGUUAAAGCAUCAAAACAGCAGUGAAACAGAACUGCUUGGGUCAUCCCGCUGGGAGUUUGGGUGGAGCAGACUGUAUUUCUGACUGAAGAGUAGGAAGCUUGUGUCAAUCUACCUCAAAAUGUGUCCUGGCACAGAGCUGGCAGAGCUGGCAUCUGCAGAAGGGAAACAGGGUAUGCUGCUGUGAAUGUGUCUGGAGACAUGGUGGGAAUCUUCUGAGCUAGUAGCCUCAGAAAUUCUGGGAAGGAGACAGCGAAUAACAGACAAAAGCACAUUGCACCACUCCUCAUGCAGAUGUUCCUGAUCACAAUGCAGCUCUAAAAACCUCCUGAAGAAGGGAGAGGUGGAAGUUACAGCGUUCUUAGAAAUGAGGACACCUUGGGUAAACUAUUUGACAUAUUGACAAGUCCUCAUUUGACAGCACCUUAUUACCAGACACAUGUUCUUCUACCCUGUGUUAUAUCUGUGGGCCACCCUGCAGAUUGAGAAGGGAAUAAAAAUGCAGAAGGUGCUGGCGCUUGAAAAUUUAAUCGCCAACGGGAUCAUCCAGAGAGAGGAAACCUCCAUGGAAAAGGAGAUUGCUGGCCAGCACAGGGGAUACUUCAGCCUUGCAGAUAUUAUGUACUUUGCCAAGAAGGGGUGUGAGACAGUUGCAGAAGAUGAAGUCACACAGCGGUUCACCUCUGAGGAGCUGUUGUCCUGGAAUCUCCUCAGCAGAACCAAUGCCAACUUUCACCGUGUCAGCUGGCAACUGACCACUGUGUGGAUCAUUGGGAUCUUAAUCCGGUACUGUCUCCUGGUGCCCUUUCGCAUCUUCUUGGCUUUCUUCAGCAUCCUCUUGCUGGUCUCAGCAACUACGGUAGUAGGACAGUUUCCAAAUGGCAGGGUUAAAUGCUGGCUGAGUAACCAAGUUCAGCUGACAUGUGCUGCGUUAGGUGUCCGAUGUCUGAGUGGUCUUGUUCAAUUCCACAACAGGGAAAACAGACCACAGAAAGGAGGCAUCUGUGUAGCCAACCACACAUCUCCACUAGAUGUUCUAAUCCUGGCUAGUGAUGGAUGCUACUCCUUGGUUGGCCAGGUACAUGGAGGGCUUCUGGGACUUAUUCAGAAAUCUUGUAUGCAAACCAGUCAGCAUGUUUUGUUUGAACGUUCAGAAAUGAAAGAUCGACAUCUGGUGAGAAAAAGAAUCAGAGAACACAUUGCAGACAAGGCCAAAUUACCCAUUCUAAUUUUUCCAGAAGGUACCUGCAUAAACAACACAUCAGUUAUGAUGUUUAAGAAGGGAAGCUUUGAAGUAGGAGGGAUCAUCCAUCCGGUAGCUAUCAAGUAUGACCCUCGAUUUGGAGAUGCGUUCUGGAACAGCACCAAGUAUUCCAUGAUGACCUAUGGUUUUAAUGUGUUGACCAGCUGGGCUAUUGUCUGCAAUGUGUGGUACCUGCCACCGAUGGUCAAAGAGGAAGAAGAAGAUGCUGUUCACUUUGCCAACAGAGUCAAGGCUGUCAUUGCUGCUCGGGGAGGAAUGUCUGUACUCCCAUGGGAUGGAGGACUGAAAAGAAAAAAAGUCAAAGAGUCUUUCAAGGAAGAGCAACAGAAAAAAUAUUGCCAGCUAGUGACAGAAAAUGGGUUUGUGGGAAAUGGAAAUGUUUACUAAAUGUUAUUUAUUUUAUCUCCUGUUUUUUUGACUGGACUUAUCCUCAUGGAAAAUGGGCUUUUUUUAUAUUAAAAUUCUUUCCUGCUGUCCCUGUCAGAUAUUUUGCUUAUGACACAGUAGAGAAGCCAUGAACAACAGUAUUUUGUUUCAAAUAAGGAUAUUGGUUUAAAAAUAGGAACAUUUAUGAGAUUCUUGUGAAAUUCUCUUCAAUGAUGAAUGUGAAGAAUCUGCAGUAAAAUUACCUAGGUUCGUUAGAACACGUGUUUUAAAGAAAUCUUUGAGUUACUUAGAGACUUAACUUGUGAUUUCUUAACUACUAAUAAAACAUAUGUCUUCACAACCUGCA